AUGUCCAAGUCUAUCACAAAGAAGCCUGGAGAUAUAAAUGUGAGAGAUGACGUCGCUGACCAGAAGCUACAGCGAGUCCCCAGUGUGCUUGAAGGUGACAUUCAGGAAGUUGACGAUGCAAUUCUACACGCUCAAGGCCACGAGGCCGUUCUGACGAGGCAAUUCAACUGGAUUUCCGCUCUUGGUCCAGCGGUGGCCAAUACCACUCUUGCUACAUCCUCGCCAGAACGAUGGAAGAACUUUGCUGCUUUCAUCGUCGGUUGGAUGUCUGUGCUCGCCUGGUGGAUUGUGACAUGCUCCGGCCUAUCACUUGCAGCCGUCACGCUGUCCGGAUUAGUUAACUACUGGCACCCAGAUUACGUCGCAACGCAAUGGCAGAUUUACUUCAUAUACAUUGCUGUUUCAACCUUAACGAUCAUGCCGCUCAUAAUGGCUCCUUCCAAGAUCGCCUGGACAACUCAGGCCACUCUAUACCUCUCAGUCACUGGAUCGUGGGUCCUUGGCAUCACCAACGCGAUGUAUGCAUUCGGUGCGACGGACGGAGUUAUCCACAUCAGCGAAGAGAUGCCCCAACCCGGGAAACGUGUUCCACAGGUCAUGAUCAUGACAAUGCUGAUUGGUCUCCUCACCACACUCCCCCUGGUCAUUAUGCUGAUGUAUUACAUGGCUGAUCUGGAAGCCGUGACCGCAUCUGCUUUGCCCAGCCUGGAGAUUGUUUCGCAGGCUUUCAGGAACAAGAAUGUUACUACCUUUCUAUUCACCUGGCUAUGGCUCGUGUACAUGGGGUCCCUCCCAUCACAAUGGGUGACCUGUGGCAGGGUCGCGUGGGCUUUUGCGCGGGACAAUGGUGUGCCAUUCUCGGAAUACUUCUCAGACAUCCAUCCAAGACUCGGCUUCCCCUUGCGGACGACCCUGGCUGCUUUCGCAUUCUCCUGCAUUUACGGCCUUCUAUAUCUCGCUUCUACUACCGCGUUCAACUCUAUUGUCACAUCCGCCGUGCUCUUCCUAAAUAUCACCUACGCGAUUCCGCAAGGCAUUCUGCUCUGCCGCAACCGGGAAGAGGCUCUGCCUCCUCGCUACCUCAACCUCAGAUGGUUUGGAUAUGUCUGUAACAUCUUCUCAUGCACAUGGAUCUUUGUUCUGGUCGUUUUCAUCUGCAUGCCACCACGCUUGCCCGUCGAAGUUGGAUCCAUGAAUUACACGAGUGUAGUGCUCGUUGGUCUAGUCUCGAUUGUAUUUGUCCUAUGGAUCGCCAGAGGCAAGAGCAAGUUCCGUGGGCCAAAUAUCGAUUGGGGUCUACUCCAACGUGCUAAUCGUGUCGUUGCACACCGAUAG